CACAGACAAAAGUUGGAUCGUAAAGCCCUCUCCUCGUCACUGAGACGCCGAGGAACAAGAGAGAAGCAACAAAAUGCAGAUCUUCGUCAAAACCCUAACGGGGAAGACCAUUACGCUCGAAGUCGAGUCCAGCGACACCAUUGACAAUGUCAAGGCCAAGAUUCAGGAUAAGGAGGGUAUUCCCCCCGAUCAGCAACGACUUAUCUUUGCCGGAAAGCAGCUCGAGGAUGGCCGCACUCUCGCCGACUACAACAUCCAGAAAGAAUCAACGCUACAUCUGGUUCUAAGGCUUCGUGGUGGGAUUAUUGAGCCAUCUUUGAUGGCAUUGGCCAGGAAAUAUAACCAGGACAAGAUGAUCUGCCGCAAAUGUUAUGCACGCCUGCAUCCUCGUGCCGUCAACUGUCGUAAGAAGAAAUGUGGUCACAGCAAUCAGCUAAGGCCAAAGAAGAAAAUCAAGUAGACUGCUGAUCUUACGGAUGAACUGUUGUGGUACCUUAUAUAUCACUUCAUUCACUUGCAUGCCUUCUUGUAGAGCGACUAUGUGCUCGUUUGUUAAGGAUUCCAUUUUUGUAGUUCGACUUAAGAAUUUUGGUUGAUUUACAUUGAUUAUGAGUGAUGGUGUUAUUCUCUUUUUUAA